CAAACUUGAUGAUUGAGUUGGAGGCGUGCAUGGCCACAAGUUCUUGACAGGAACAGGUACAUCUGGCACCUACUAUCAUACCCCGUUCAAAGGCCUUAAAUCUAUUGUCUCCCCUCUGAAUGGCAACACACACAAUCCAUCUCUCAGUUGUCUCAAGGCCCUUAAAUCUAUUGUCUCCCCCUCUGAAUGGCAACACACACAAUCCAUCUCUCAGUUGUCUCAAGGCUCCAAAAUCAUUGAACCUGUCUCCUCACAUUAAUCUACACUGAUUGAAGUGGAUUUAACAAGUGACAUUAAUAAGGGAUCACAGCUUUCACCUGGAUUCACCUGGUCAGUCUAGGUCAUGGAAAGAGCAGGUGACCUUAAUGUUUUGUACACUCAGUGUAUAUUUGCCACAAGGAUUACGAAACAUUUCCCAUUAGGAUGUGGAAUCGGUGUCAACAUGUUUUUUGGGGGGUAAUUUUGGAAUCAGUGUCAGCAUGUUUUUUGUACAUUGUCCUUGUGGCUUGGUGAGCCACAAGUAUUUAUUUAUUUGUGUUUGUGUGUUCUUGGCUUUUGAAUGGUUUCAAAUAGGAUCACACCACAUGCAUGGUUAUAGUUUGUGGGCUGGUAUAGGGCUGUGUGUGUAAGUAGUGGAACUAGGUGCAUCACCUGACUAAAGAUGUCAGAAGGUUUCUGUAAUGUACUCUAUAUUUGGCAGAAGGAUGAGGCUACAUUUCCCAAUAGGAUCUAGAUUCAGAGUAAACAUGUUUUUUGGUACUUCGUCCUUGUGGCUUGAUGAGCUACACGUAUAAAAGCGUUCCUCUUUCUCAAGCUGAACAGAACCUACAGACUACCACCUGUGAUUCCUUCUCUGACAGGAAAAUAUUACCAUGGAGAAGUUGGCCAUCCUUCUGCUUCUGAGUGCUGCCAUUGCACUGGGCGACACAAACCAGCUCCUUGGUUUAGAACCCUUACUGAAGACUGAGGAGGAACAGACUGCUCCUGUUGAGGCUCAGGUAGCAGCAGUGCAGGAGGGGACAAAGGAAAGUUCAUGUCCUUCAGACUGGCACACAUAUGGAUCACGCUGUUUCAAGUUUGUCAGCAUUCAGCAGUCAUGGGCAGAUUCGGAGCAAAACUGUUUGGCACUUGGUGGAAACCUAGCAUCCGUGCAUAACCUUUUAGAGUACCAGUUCAUGCAAGCACUGACAAAGGAUACCAAUGGCAUACCUGACACCUGGGUUGGAGGUUUUGAUGCAGUCAAGGAGGGCUUAUGGAUGUGGUCAGAUGGGUCCAGAUUUGACUACACUAACUGGAACACUGGUGAGCCCAAUAACGCUGGAGAAGGAGAGGACUGUCUGCAGAUGAACGCUGCAAGUGAGAAGCUCUGGUACGACAUGCCCUGUGAGUGGAAGUUUGCAUCGCUCUGUUGCAGAAGAUUGUAGGCUAGGAAAUGACACAGCUACUCUACCUCCCACCUCCAGGGGUCAACAGUCUACACUUCAAUACAAAACCAAGAUCUGUCACUCACUGCAGCACACCAACAUGACAAAUAAAACAUGUAUUCACAAAAAAAGCUUUCCACCUAUCUAAUGAUUAGCUAACGAGCCAUAUCUAACAGUUAGAAAUAAUGACAGAGGAAUUUACAAGAGACAGCAAACAGCAAACAUGUAGCUACCGAAAAAACUGUCUUUGAAGUUCAGUGCAGACUUUUAUACUAAGUCAUGAUCUGCUGUUAGCUAGCUACUGUUUAGGUAGGCUAACCUUUCAGGUUAACUAACAUUAGGUAAACUUGUGAUGAAACUGUGUGAUGUUGAUGAUCCUGCUUUUGAAAUUAAAGAUAAAUGACAAA